CCGCCCCGCCCCCGGGCGUACGUGUGCGCGCAGGGCGCAGGCGCGCGGGGCCCGGCCGCCGGCCAGACGCCAGCUGCGGGACGCGCCGAACGUCUGAGGUGUGCGAGCUGCGGGAGGAUGGAGCCGCUGAAGGUGGAAAAGUUCGCGACCGCCGACAGGGGGAACGGGCUGCGCGCCGUGGCCGCGCUGCGCCCGGGAGAGCUGCUGUUCCGCUCGGACCCCCUGGCGUACACGGUGUGCAAGGGCAGCCGCGGCGUCGUGUGCGACCGCUGCCUCCUCGGGAAGGAAAAGCUGAUGCGAUGUUCUCAAUGCCGAGUUGCCAAAUACUGUAGUGCUAAGUGUCAGAAAAAAGCUUGGCAACACCACAAGCGGGAAUGCAAAUGCCUUAAAAGCUGCAAACCCAGAUAUCCUCCAGACUCUGUCCGACUUCUUGGCAGAGUUGUCUUCAAACUUAUGGAACAAACACCAUCAGAAUCGGAGAAACUUUACUCAUUUUAUGACCUGGAGUCAAAUAUUAACAAACUGACUGAAGAUAAAAAAGAGGGCCUCAGGCAACUUGCAAUGACAUUUCAACAUUUCUUGAGAGAAGAAAUACAGGAUGCUUCUCAGCUGCCACCUUCCUUUGACAUUUUUGAAGCCUUUGCAAAAGUGAUCUGCAACUCUUUCACCAUCUGUAAUGCAGAGAUGCAGGAAGUUGGUGUUGGCCUAUACCCCAGUAUGUCUUUGCUCAAUCACAGCUGUGACCCCAACUGUUCGAUUGUGUUUAACGGGCCCCACCUCUUACUGCGCGCUGUCCGCGACAUCGAGGUGGGAGAGGAGCUCACCAUCUGCUACCUGGAUAUGCUGAUGACCAGCGAGGAGCGCCGCAAGCAGCUGCGGGCCCAGUACUGCUUCGAGUGUGACUGUGUCCGAUGCCAAACCCAGGACAAGGAUGCUGAUAUGCUAACUGGCGAUGAGCAAGUAUGGAAGGAAGUUCAAGAAUCCCUGAAAAAAAUUGAAGAACUGAAGGCACAUUGGAAGUGGGAACAGGUUCUGGCCAUGUGCCAGACGAUUAUAAGCGGCAACUCUGAACGGCUUCCCGAUAUCAAUAUCUACCAGCUGAAGGUGCUUGACUGCGCCAUGGACGCCUGCAUCAACCUCGGCCUGCUGGAGGAGGCCUUGUUCUACGGCACGCGGACCAUGGAGCCCUACAGCAGCGUGUGGACAUCUGUCUAGAUCAGCUCCCGAGUGUCUCCCUCAGUCUUUCUAACAGAUACGUACUACUUUGUGUCACGAAUAUACCAUGAUUUUUAGACCAGUCUCUGUUGUCUCCGUUUAUGUUUACUGUGUCAAACAAUGCUGUGAUUGACGUUCAGGUACUGGUGUCUCAGUGUACUGAUGUGGCUGAAUCCGUAGGGUAAAUCCAUAUGACAGAUUCCUCAAUGUUAACUUACAGCAUCAAAAGUGAUAUUCAUUCUAAAUUUAGAUAAUGGAAGGGCAGGGGGAAAUGGGGGCCAGGAAGAAACUUGUUAUAGGAUGCGAAAUUACAGCUAGAUAGGAAGAAUGAGUUCUAGUGUUCCAUAGCACUGUAGGAUGACCACAGUUAAUCGUACACAGUUUCAAAUAGUUAGGAGGAGGAUACUGAAUGUUCCCAACACAAAGAAAUGGUAACUAUUUGAGAUGAUGGAUAUGCUAGUUACCUUGAUCUGAUCAUUAUGCAUCAGAUGUAUUGCAGCAUCACUAUGUACCUCAUAAAUAUAUAUAUUAUAUGUCAAAAAAAUUAAAACAAGAAAACAAAAAAUAAUAUGGAUAACUAUCACCAAAUUGUACUCCCACCCACCAGAACGUCACUCUUUCUUCAAGAAAAUAUGAGAAGGGGUGACAUUGAUUUUGAUUGUAUUUGAUCUAAAUGUAUUUCACAGUAUGUAAGGGCUUUCACCUUUUCCUGAUCAAAGCCUGCAUUAUGGAAUGAGAUUGGUCGGUACUGAGUUUGUUGUCCAUAAAAAGUGUUUUUGUGGUGGUGGGAAUGACAUUUGUGUGAGUUACCUGGGAAAGAGGUGGAAGAACAAGAAUGAUGAGGCGACAAACCGGCCUCAUCAGAGAUGGGGGGGGCACGAAACCCCGUCAAGGAGGAGAAAGCUAGAGCGUGAGCUUUCAGCUCCCCUAGUUUUCUGUGCUUUGUUGUCAGAAAAAAAACGAGGGUAGGUGGAAAGAGAAGUAAAAUGCAGCUGGUAGUUCGUGUACAUGACAUGUUCACAAGUCAGGUGUUUGUAACUCCAAGAUUACCAAUAAUUACAUAGCAGCCACAUCCGUUUUCAUUUUGCCAGUUAUUUUUUAACUUUUCCCUCAAGCUUUGGCAGGUAAGUUGAUAAACUGUGAGGCUUCCUCACAGCAGUACCUUCUGUUUUCAAGCUGGCUUUUCCUCUGAAGGCCUACAGCUGCUCUUUUGUGGGUUCUGUCAGUCACUGUGACAUCCUAGUACUUGCCGGGCGCCUGUGACAUGGGGACUGUGGUGCAGUCGCACCCCCGCCUGCCUGGCCUGCCCGGGCCAUUCCCUGCUCUGUGCGGGCUGCACAGACGCGGCGAGGCUGCUGUCCCAGGAUGCCUGCGCCAGUGUCUCCGCCAGUGAAGCGCGUUCCUGGAGGGCCGGCAGGUCCUUGCUGCCGCAUCUAGUGUAGAACUUUCGUGAACCACGCUCCGGAGUGGGGCCUAGAGAAUGUGUCCGAGCUAGUUGUCUACCCAGAGGAGGAAAUGAGUAUUUGAACUUCAUCCAACAGUCUCUUCACUUCUGUUGUUUGCCAUUUAUUGUCUGUGAUGAGGUUUAAAGAAUUAUUUCACCUAAUAAAUGAACAAACGUUUUCUUCUCUGCUUAUUGAUGUGGAUGGUAAUCCUUUAGCCACUUAAUCAUUUUUUCCAUGCUGUGGUUUUCAAUUAAAGUAUCUUUGGUGGCAGAACCUUUCUACAAGAUUUUGAGCUCUGUGUGUAAAAAUGUGUAAAAAUACUGAGUUAUCUGGCAUUUCUAGUCAGGGCCUCUUUCUGUUUGCUGUCAGUUCUGUGAGGUUGAUUUCUUUGCCACGGCCCCUGGACUUGACACUGGGGCAGUGACCACUUGCACAGCGAUGGGGGAAGGGUUCCUCAAGACCCAGGCAUGCUUCAUGUUUUAAAUAAGCCCUUUUAAUGUAAUUCGGAAGGGCUCUCUUAAUUCAAAAUCUAGAAAUAAAACAAAAGAAGAAAGUGAAAAAGAAGAAAAAAAGAAGAGGGAAGCAGAGGAGGAGGAGGAAGGCCCACACCUGCCCUUGCUCAUGUGGAGCAGGCACAUAGACUUGGGGCCAGGGGACAGCGGCUCAGCGGAGCUCGUAACAGGGCUGGGGGGAAACAAGCAAGUUCCUCAUUUUCCUGUCUGAGCACGGAAGCGCCCACAGACGAGGUACUGGCAGGAGCAGGUUUCUUCUGAGCCCUCUCUCUGGCUUUCUUUUUUUUUUUCUUGCCACCCCCCUUUCAGAUUGCCACUUCAGCUGGGCGUGGUGGCUCACGCCUGUAAUGCUAGCACGCUGGGAGGCUGAGGUGGGAGGAUUGCUUGAGCUCAG